AUGAACGCCAUCCUCGGUCCUCCAACACUCUACCAUGUUCUCUUCGAAUCGAUUCAGUUCGACAGCCCCGAAGAAGUGGUACAAAGGGUGAUUUACAACCUCCGCGGUCCAGCAGAGCAGGCAAAAAAAGCUCGGCGCGCUUUGUCGUAUCUACUCUCUACCAUCAUUCUUUUGGGUAAACUCGACCUUCUCAAAGCCCUCUCGGACCCUAUGCUGCAGUAUGGAGUGCCCGUGAUCGGCACGGCCGUCAAGGAAGCCGCUACUCUGCCUUUUGAAAAAGCGACAUUUUGCCUCAAAGUCCUCUUUACGCUUGGCUGGGAUGUCAAUCAAGCUCUGAGUAACACCCAGCCGCCUGUACUAAGUGCUGCUCUCCACGAUGCUUCACUUACUCACUGGCUACUCGAAAUGGGAGCAGAUCCAAACGCCACCACUGAUAUCGACUGCACACCACUAUCCAUUGCCGUAAGCAGAUUUGAUUUCCAGAUAGUACAUCUGCUGUUGGAACAUGCUCACCAGAGUCGCAACGGCCAUCUUGUCUACUACGCUACGCAACGUACGGACCCCGACGAGUCUGUAACUAUGAUUAGACUUCUACACCUCUACGACAAACCCAUCGAUGAGAUCUUAUACCAAGACCCGAAGUCUUACCGACUUAGAGCCCCUUUUUUGCGUGGCACGCCGUUAUACUACGCAUGCGUAAAAGACAGAAUGUCUGUCGCGCUUGCGCUCGUUGAACUUGGUGCUGAUCCGGACAAAGCGUGCCAAAGAUACAAUGAAAGUGUUGGACCAACUCCUCGCCAAGUCGCCGCCAAUCUGGGCUGGACAUUGUUUGAACGGAAGGCUUUGAGAUUCCUGAACUUGUUAACAGUCGGUCAAUAA